UGAGCUUCAACUCAAGACUUAAUAACCAAUGGUUCCACAAUUGUGUGAUGUAGAUCUGGAAUUCUAAGAUCUAGUUAUCUGAAUCUCUUUAUUGACUAUAUAGGCCCUGGGGUUAAAUGACAACCAGUAUCCCAGAACUGGUAGGUCUUCUAACAUCUCAGGGGCUCAAUUACUUCAUGUGGCAGAAAUUACCCUUUGGUUUUCCAACUUAUGGAGGUCACAGUUAUAUAUGCUUUUUUACUUAGUGUGCAUAACGAGAGGUUGUUGGCACUGCUUCUGAAGAGUUUUCAUCAGUCUUAAGAUACUGUUAAUCACCCAUUCAACAAAUAUGUAUGAAGUGCUUCCUGUGGGCCAGACAUUGUUCUAAGCUGGAGACAUAGCAAUGAAUGAAACAAUUAAAAAUCCCUGCCAUUGUGGGAAGUAUUUAUUAUAAAUAGAAAAUGAUGAGUGUCAUGUUGAUAAAACACAGCCAGGGGAAAUGGCCCAGGAAUAUGGGGCUGCCCUUUGGACGAGGUGGUCAAGGCAGGCCUCAGAGGUAUGUGAAGCAUAUGGGACAGGAGAGAUACCUGGGGCUGUAGAAGGCCACAGGCUCAGGCUCCCCUUACUACCAGGAGAACAAGGCAAAGUAUGAGACUGUUUGAAAGACUAUAAUUCAGAUUCAACAAAUGCUUUAAAUAAUCUAUGCUUAAGCUGGUGCAGUUGACAUCAUUGUUAUUUACAGUUGAGGACAUGGAUAUUCUGAAUAUUUAAGUGACCCAAGCAAGCAUGCAAAGCUGGUGAGGGACAGAGCCUGAACUCUAAUCUUGUCCUCUGAUUCUUUAAAGCCAGUGGAAUUUGCCACUGUACUGCUACUGCUCAUUUAUUCACUUUCUGGAUAUUUACUCAUCCCCUAUCACAUUUAACAGCAUCUGGGGUUUAGUGAGAAGCCUGACUUUGCCAAUUAUUUCAUCACUUUGAACUUCCUUUUCUCACCUAUAAAAUAGUAAGAUCAUAUGCUUGUCUCACAGGUUUGUGGUGAAGAUUAAAUAAACAAAUGUAUAGACAGCAUCCUUUAGGCGUUCCACAAGUGCCAGUGUUCUUCCUUUCCCAACAGCUGGGCUGAACUAUAGUUUGUGUAGUGUAGUCUUAACCAGUAGGAGCCUGGGUCUGGGGACCCAGAAUAUGUGUUCAAACUCUAGCUCAACUUUUGACUUGGAGAGUAUCCUUGGGGAGAUUACUCAUUCUCUCUGAACCUUGUUUCCUCAUCUAUAAAAAGGGGGAGAAUAACAAAUAGUUCUCAAUUUCAAAGGGCUGUUGUGAAAAGUAAAUGAGUUAAUACAUUCAUAAGACCUGCCUGUCUCAUAGUAAGUGUGCAAGAAAGGUUGGCCAUUGCUGUUGCUGUGGGAUUGUGUGCAAGUCACCAUUCCUCUUGGGUGAAACUUGAAACUUAAGUUUUUUGGCUGUAAAAUAGGGAGGUUAAUAGCUUGUAACGCUUCUAAAGAGACACAUUUUUCUUUCAAGAGGGCAACCUUCAUCUAUCCAGAUAGCUUUAGGUGUGUGAAGAGGGGAGGCCAGUGGGGAACCAUAGGGUUGAGUCAUCUCAUCUACUUCUCUGCAUCCAGGCAAAACUUUAACACUAAAAUGAAAGUCUCCCAUCUCCUUCCUCUAUCCAUCUUCCAUUCCUCUUCUUAUCCUCCUCCCAUUCAUCAUCUGUCUACUUUUGGGGAGCCGGCAGAUCAGUGACCCUAGAAGAGAAUCCAGAAAGAGAAUGUCUGUAAGGCAACCACCUGAGCUUUUGGCUCAGAAAAGGUGCCCAAUGAAUAGUAGCUAUCAUUGGUAUUGCUGCUGAGAGAACCAAGGAAUGGAACUAACAUAGCGAAGUGAGGGCCUGAAAAUUCAGCCAUCCUUUCUCUCCCUAACCUCGAUUCCCAUAAGAGACUUGGGACCCUCAUCCCCUUCUUGUCCCACCCAUAUUUUUUCAAAGAGUUCCCCGGGCCUCUACUCUUCUUGGCAGCAAGGAGGUGGGUGGAUUUUGUUUCUUUGUGAUUGGGAAUGGGUCCAGGUUCUGGUUGCCGCCUUGAGCUAACAGACUGGAAAUCUCAGUUACGUAACAACACUAUCUCCCUCACUCUUUGGCGAUCUCCUGACUAGGUAUCAGAGACAUCUCCUCUGUCCCCGUUGGUUGUUUUUUUCCCACGUAAUUAAGGCCCAUAUCUGUUUAUUGAUAGAGGUGUUUUCUCUCACACCCUGUCCUUAAACACAGUCAGUCCCUUCUACAAUUCAGCUGCCUCAUUCACUCAUCUCAGGACUCCCAAGCAGACAUCUUUUUCUUUCAAGCGGGCAAACUUCAUCUAUCCCAGAUAGCUUUAGGCGUGUGAAGAGAGGGGUGUCCAGUGGGGGACCAUAGGGUUGAGUCAUCUCAUCUACUUCUCUACAUCCAAACCAAACUUUAACACCAAAAUGAAGUCUUCCAUAUCCUUCCUCUAUCCAUCUUCCAUUCCUCUUUUUAUCCUCCUCCUAUUCAUCACCUGUGUCUACUUAUUAAUCCUAUGGCAAGUUCUGCCAGAAGUCUUACUUCAGUCUGUUACACAAUUACAUUUGAGAUGGAGCUGGAAUUUUAUGGAAAGAUGGAGAUUCUGAUAUUUGUUCCCUUUCUUCUCAGCCCUGUCAUGGAAAGGGAACUCCAUUUCAUAAGUAUAUAAACUCUAAAGGAGCAUUUGUGGAACAAAAUACCCUCAAUAUCUGAUCUCAAAAUCUUGUGAUUUGAUAGGUAGGGCAGGAAGUAGAGGUUGAUAGGCACACAAAUAACUGUAAGGUUGGGUUGAAGGUAGCAGGAAAGGGUAUUAAUAAAGAAUUUUUUGAGAAUUGAGAUGAAACUAGAUCUUAUAUGCUUGGAAGGAUCUGGAAAGAUGCCAUAAAGCCAGAAAGGUCUGAAUUUCAUAACUGAGGAGUGGAAGUGGAGAAGAGGUGAAGUGGCAUUCUUGCUGAAGGCACAACCUGAACAAAGGUCCAGAGACUAGAGGAGAGAAUGGGGAUUUUAAGUCAUAGUAUUUUGAGGAUACUGGCUGGGGAGAUAUAUCUAGGGUAAUAAAGGGACCCUUAGAGGGAGAGGUGGGCAGAGAAACAAGGAAGAAAAUAAUGGAAGUUUCUUAUUUGCCUCUUUUCCUUCACAGGUGCUAUCACAUUUCAAGAACUUCAGAAAACUGGUGAUUCCCCAGCAUCUGAUAAUUUGUUCCCUCCUAUUUCAGGCUUUGUUUAUAGUGCACCCCCUGAUCAUACUGCUCUUCAGUCAAGCCAUAGCCCUCUAGACCUCACUAAAUCUACAGAAACCCAUAAUCUAAAACGCAAUUGCAACACUACACACCAUCUCAAGCCGAUUUACAAACACAUAGGUAAUUCCCAAAACUCUACAAGUCAUCAUGAAGUUCUUCCUACUUCUGAAAAAACCCCGAGCAAUCAAGGAAGAGACCCAAAUGUUCGGAAUGGACGGUCUAUUGAUCCUACUGACUCUACUAACACACAUAAAGGAUCGUCUGGUGUAAAAUAUCCAACGUCAGCACCCAAGAUCAAAACAACUUGCCUUAGGUUCAAAUCAGUUAUAGGAACAGAUAAAAGUGUAACAUCUUCGAGAAACAUUACUUCAGAGAGUAAAAGCGCUACUUCACAGAAGACCAUAAAUCCUGUCUACAACUCAGGAAAUUCGGAGAGCAAAAAAAUACCUAUGUAUUCCUCAGGCAAAAGCACAACAGCCCCAUCAGAUGAGGUUACAAGAACCCCACGAAGGUCAGAAAGAGCUGGAGAUCAUACAAUAGCUGCUAAUCUCAGAACUACAGUUGCCUCAGGCACAACAAUGAUGAAGACUACAGGACAUAUAAACAGGACAUCACCCAUUGAAAAGACCACACAAAUACCAGCAACACUUAGAGAACAUGGACACAGCACCAUAUCAGCUCAUAUAAAUAUCACAAAAUCACUAGAAAACUCACUAGAACAUGGAAAAGUAGCCACAUUGCCUUAUGAGAAGACUCCGGGAGUCCCAACAGAAUCUACAAAAUAUGGAGAAGAGACUACAUCAACCAAUAAGAAAACCACACUAACCCCCCAAAAGUCCAAGAAACAUGGACAGAACACCACUCCGGACAGCAGAAGGAUCACAAGGGCCCCAGAAGGGCCCACUGACUAUGGUGAGAAGACAACCCCCGCCAAUGGGAAGACCAUGAGAGCCCCAGCAGGGCCCAAGGACCAUGGGAAGACCACCCCAGCCAACAGGGAGGUCACAAGACCCGUGGAAGGGCCUAAGAAUCAUGAGAAGAAGACCACUACAGUCAACGGGAAGACCACAAAUGCCCCAGAAAGCCCCAAGGGUCAUGGGGAGAAGACUACAUCAGCCAACGUGAUGAUCACAAGAACCCUAGAAGGGCCCAAGGACUAUGGGGAGAAGACCACCCCAGCCAAUGGGAAGACCAUGAGAUCCCCAUCAGGGUUCAAGGACCAUGAGAAGAUCACCCCAGCCAACAAGGAAAUCACAAGAUCCCCGGAAGGGCCUAAGGAUCAUGAGAAGAAGACCACUACAGUCAACAGGAAGAUCACAAGUGCCCCAGAAGGCCCCAAGGGACAUGAUGAGAAGACUACAUCAGCCAAUGGGGUGACCACAAGUGUCCCAGAAGGGCCCAAGGAACAUGAGGAAAAGACCACAAGAACUCCAGAAGGGCCCAAGGACCACAGGGAGAAGACCACCACAGUCAGGAAGAUCACAAGUGCCCCAGAAAGGUCCAAGAACCAUGAGGAAAGGACUACACCUGCCAAUGGGAUGAUCACGAGAGCCCCAGAAGGCCACAAGGAAUAUGGGAAGAAAACCACAAGAACCCUAGAAGGGCCCAAGGCCUCUGGUGAGAAGACAACGCCAGCUAAUGGGAAGACCACGGGAGCCCCAGAAGGGCCUGAGAACCAUGGGGGGAAGACCACUAGAGCCCUAGAAAGGACCAAGGACCACAGGGAGAAAAACACCCUGGCCAAUGGGAAGACGACAAGAGCCCCAGAAGGGCCCACGGACCAUAGGGGGAAGACCACUAGAGCCCUAGAAGGGAUCAAAGACUAUGGUGAGAAGACAACCCUAGCCAAUGGGAAGACGAUGAGUGCCCCAGAAGGGCCCAAGGACCAUGGGAAGACCACCCCAGCCAACAGGGAGACCACAAGAGCCCUGGAAGGUCCCAAGCAUCAUGGGGAGAAGACCACCACAGUCAACAGGAAGACCACUAGAGUCCUAGGGGGGCCCAACGACCAUAAGGAGAAGACCACCCUGGCCAAUGGUAAGACCACAAGAGUCCCAGAAGGGUCCAAGGAUGAUGGGGGUAAGACCACCAGAGCCCUACAAGGGUCCAAGGACCAUGGGGAGAAGACCACCAGAGCCCUAAAAGGGCCCAAGGACCAGAGGGAGAAGACCACCCCAGCCAAUGGAAAGACCACAAGAGCUCCAGAAGGGCCCAGGAAUCACAGGGAGAAGACUACACUGGCCAAUGGGAUGACCACGAGAGCCCCAGAAGUUCCUACAGACCAUGGGGAGAAAACCACCCCAACCAACAGGGAGACCACAAGAGCCCCAGAAGGGCCCAAGGACAAUGGGGAGAAAACAACACUGGCCAAUAGGAUGACCACGAGAGCCCCAGAAGGCCCCAAGGACCAUGAGGGGAAGACCACUAGAGCCCUAGAAGAGCCCAAGAACCAUGGGGAGAAGAACACAACGGUCAAUGGGAAGACCACAAGAGCCCCAGGAAUUCCCACAGACCAUGGGGAGAAGAUCAUCUCGGCCAACAGCAAUACCACAAGAGCCCCAGAGAGGCCCAAAGAACAUGGAGAAAAUGCCACUCCAGCCAAUAAGAAGACAACAAGAACUCAAGCCAAAUCUAUAAAACAUGGAGUAAAGGCCACAUUGGCCACUGAGACCACAAAACCCCCAAGAAAACCUAAAGAAAGUGUAGGAAAAAACACAGCUCCCACAGAGACUAUAAGACCUCCAUUCAAUGUCACAGGAGACAAAUCUGUCACUAAUACCUCUCCUGGUUCAAAUAAAACUGAUGUUACCUAUGGGGUACCCAUUGGUUCUUUUACACUCACCACAUCUCACAUAGAGCUGAGUUCCAUCAUGUCAGAAGCCCCAGGCAACCAAAACCAUCCAUAUCAGAACAAAGAUGGCUCACAGGGAGGUCUUCGUGCUGGAGGAAUGAGGGAGAAUGAUUCAUUCCCUGCAUGGGCCAUAGUUAUUGUGGUCCUGGUGGCUGUGAUUCUCUUCCUGGUGUUCCUUGGCCUUAUCUUCUUGAUUGCCUGUACGAUGAAAACACGCCGUGCACUGGUCCAAAACACAGAGGACAAUGACCCAGAGGAUGAUGGGGGCCCUAAUUCCUACCCAGUCUACCUGAUGGAGCAGCAGACUCUUGGCAAGGGCCAGAUCCCUUCCCCACGGUGAUCCUUCAGAAAGGUCCCAGCUCUUCCAUGUCCUUCCUAAGAUGAGGAAUUAGACUCACCAUUCCUAUUUCCUGGACACCAGGAAGGGCAGAGUACUGGCAGUUAACAGCAUUAACUCUUCAUCAGCUGUGUUCUUAUUGAAACUGGUCAAGGGAUGAGGUGAUAAGCAAGAAGGAGAAGCAAGAAGGGAGAUAAAGAAGAAAGAAUGAAUAAUGCAAGUGUUCUCUGCAGAAGAUGGUGGUCUUGGAAUGAAAACAUGUUUGAUGGACACAUGGGGUAGACACCAACAUAGGACACUGAGUCUUGGGAGGAGCAGCAUGACUAAAGGAAGUUUGGGGGCCUUAGAAGGCAAUGCCCCAUAUCUGACUGUGAGUUGGAGAUUGAGGACAGAGUUCCUGGGUGUCAGGACCAAUCUAUAAUAUUUCCAUGUACUAUUACUUAGAUGUUGUGUAUAAGCAGGCUCGUCUUUGACUUCCCAGGACACUUGCCUACCUCCUUUUUAAAAUGAAAAAAGUAGAAUCUGAGAAGAAAAGAGAACUUAUUUCCUUCACCUUCUCUAUACCAAGGAGAAAGGAAAAUUCCAGAAAAGAUAAUAAAUGUCUCUCAUCCAGAUGGUUCUUCCCUCUUCCUUCUGAAUCCUUUAGUUUUUUCUAAAUGUCUACAGUAGACAUCCUGCUGGUCUGGCUUUCUGGGUUGUGGGUGGCACAGAGGGAGGGAUUUUUGUGUGGUCUGCAGUCUUAUCCAUUUAUCCCCAUUCCAGACUGUCCCUGAUGGUGUUCCCCACUCAUUAUUUAUUUUCCUGUCAGUUCUACCAAAAGCCAGUCCAGGCUUUUUUCUGGAAGAGUCACUUGCCUUCUCCACUGCCCCCAUUCUCUCUCUACUCACACUUUCACCCCAGAUUUUGAUAUUCCCCCUUGUAGGCAUAUCAUCUGGAUUUUCUCUCCAACUAUUAAAGCCCUUUCACCUAUUACUGAUUUGGCAUAGUGGAAAGAAUGAACAGAUAAUAGAUAGCUUCCUAUCUAUUGGUCUUUUUAUAAUAAAGUAGAAAAUAUUUGUAAAGUAA